AUAGAGUUAAACCAUUAGAACUAGGAUGGGGAAAAUGAUUAAAAGCUUACAAAUGCUCUUUGCCUGCAUUUUUAUGUUAUUUAUCUUUGGAAACUCUGCUACAAUAGACAGUAUCACUCCGGGCCAAUCCAUCAGAGAUGGUCAGACUUUAGUUUCAGCUGGUGAAGUUUUUGAAAUGGGAUUUUUCAGUCCAGACAAUUCAAAAAGCCGAUACUUGGGAACAUGGUACAACAAUGUUUCUCCUAGGACGGUUGUGUGGGUAGCCAACAGGGAAGCUCCACUAAUCAAUCAUUUUGGAGUUUUAAAUGUCACUCAUGAAGGUACUCUUGUCUUGCUUGAUGAAAGAAAUAGCAGUGUUUGGUCAUCCAAUAAAUCAAGAACUGCUCAAAAUCCAGUUUUGCAGCUCUUGGAUUCUGGAAAUCUUGUUGUGAAAGAUGGAAAUGACACCGACUCAGAGAAGGCUUUGUGGCAGAGUUUUGAUUAUCCUUGUGACACCUUGCUACCUGGCAUGAAGCUUGGGAAGAAUUUUGUUACCGGUCAGGGUCUAGGAGAUGGAUUUAAAAUGCUUCCCAAAGUGAGACCGCCAGAGAGUCCAAUGGCUGUAGCAGUUCAGGGCAUUGAUGCCUGCCGGUUAUCUUGCUUAAAUAACUGCUCAUGUAUUGCUUAUUCUUAUUUCGAUAAGAAUUGUACAAUCUGGGGCAAGGAUCUUAAUUUAAUAAAUAUGCAAAAACUGUCAGAUACAGAGGCGAGUGGAAUCGAUUUUUAUCUCAAACUUGCUGGUGUUGAUUUGGUUACUGAAAGGGAGGACUUGUUAUCAUUUGACUUCAGCAUUAGGCUGGGAGCCACUGAACAUGAUGAGACUGAACCAAAAAAGCCCAGGAAAGAUAAGAAGGAAGUUGAGAUUCCACUAUUCAAUUUUUCUAGUGUAUCUGCUGCUACCAAUAACUUUUCUUCCUCAAAUAAACUUGGAGAGGGUGGAUUUGGACCUGUAUACAUGGGAAAAUUAUCAAAUGGACAUAAGGUAGCUGUAAAAAGGCUUUCAAGAAGAUCUGGUCAAGGAUGGAAUGAGUUAAAAAAUGAGGCAAUGCUUAUUGUUAAACUUCAACACAAGAAUCUUGUAAAACUUCUUGGUUGCUGCAUUGAGGGAGAUGAAAAGAUACUUAUCUAUGAGUAUUUGCCCAAUAAAAGCCUGGAUUAUUUCCUCUUUGGUUCAACCAAACAUCCUGUACUUGAUUGGAGAACUCGCGUUAGCAUCAUUGAAGGGAUUGCUCAAGGUCUACUUUACCUCCACUGCUUCUCUAGUGUGGGAAAUUCAGACACUUCUCUUGGCAGCUGGGAGAAGUGCUCUGUAAAUGAGCUAACAGAGUCAGAUAUGGAACUGGAAGCUGGCUAAAACUUCAAACUUCGAACUCGUGCUGUAAUAUUUUACUACAGUAAAUAUGCACCACAAAGGAAGAGAGAGAUUCGAACCUGAAAUAUGUAUUAGGGACUCAGUCUUUUAGUUACAGAAAAAGGGCAAAACCAGUUUGUUUAUGGCAGCCAUGGUUUUUUUGAUUUUGCUCAUCCAAGAAUAAAUGUUAACUGCCUUACUAUUGUCAAAGAGCAUGUACUAGACUUUAAAAUUGUGUUUGUUUGGUUAGUUGUCAGGUUAAAAAUUGAGGGAGUGUUUAUCUAUUAAAAGUUUUUUCUUUAAUUGCAGAGUUUUAUGAUCUGAGAAAGUUGCAAUCAGAAGAUGUGGAAUUGUUAUUCCAACAUUUAGGAAUUAGAAUAAACUGAAUUUGCCUAU